UCCGUCACGGCUUGCCUUGCUCGUCGCCAAACCAAUUGCCAACGCAACGCAGCGGCAGCGCCGCCGAGGACGAGCCCGCCGGGACGUUCCCUCCACCCGCCGCUCCGGAGUGCGCUGCCGCCGCCGUGAUCUCCGUCGUGCGGACCGGAGAUCCAUCCGCCCAUUCAUUCAUCCGGGAGCCAAUUGGUCUCCUCAGGUGCUAAGAGGUGGCUGAGUCAUCAACGCUAUCCUAAAUCAAUGAAGGGCUGGGGUUUUCUGUUGUUAUCUCUACAUGUUUUUUCAUGCCUAGUUAGUGGUGUUGCCUCUGGUCGCACGAGCCCUUAUGUGCGUACAGAGUUCCCGUCUACGGAUAUACCACUAGAAAGUGAAUGGUUUGCAAUUCCAAAGGGAUACAAUGCACCGCAGCAGGUUCAUAUCACUCAAGGUGACUAUGAUGGAAAGGCAGUUAUAGUAUCUUGGGUUACUCCAGAAGAACCCGGGCCAAGUGAAGUGUUUUAUGGCAAGAAGGAGAAGCAAUACGACCAGAAAGCAGAAGGCACAACAACAAAUUAUACGUUUUACGACUACAAAUCUGGAUACAUACACCACUGUCUUGUUGAUGGCCUUGAGUAUAACACUAAAUAUUAUUAUAAGAUUGGAAGUGGAGAUUCAGCUCGAGAAUUUUGGUUUGAAACACCUCCAGCAAUUGAUCCAGAUGCAUCAUACACAUUUGGCAUCAUAGGUGAUCUGGGGCAAACAUUUAAUUCUCUAUCAACUCUUCAACAUUAUGAGAAAACCGGAGGACAAACUGUUCUAUUUGUUGGGGACUUGUCAUAUGCUGAUAGAUAUGAACAUGAUGAUGGCAUUCGUUGGGAUUCUUGGGGUCGACUUGUUGAACGCAGUACUGCAUACCAGCCAUGGAUUUGGAAUUCUGGAAACCAUGAAAUAGAAUACAGGCCUGAUCUGGGAGAAACUUCUACAUUUAAGCCAUAUCUGCAUAGAUAUAUGACUCCAUACUUGGCAUCAAAGAGCAGUUCUCCUAUGUGGUAUGCUGUCAGGCGUGCAUCUGCUCAUAUUAUCGUGUUGUCUAGCUACUCACCAUUUGUAAAAUACACUCCUCAAUGGUGGUGGCUGAAGAAUGAACUCAAGCGCGUGGACAGGGAGAAGACACCUUGGCUUAUAGUUCUCAUGCAUUCUCCCAUGUACAACAGCAAUGAGGCACAUUAUAUGGAGGGUGAGAGUAUGAGGGAUGCUUUUGAGAAAUGGUUUGUGAAGUACAAGGUCGACUUGGUAUUUGCAGGGCAUGUUCAUGCUUAUGAGAGAUCAUACCGCAUUUCAAAUGUCAACUACAACAUAACAUCGGGGAAUCGAUAUCCAGUGCCAGACAAAUCUGCUCCUGUUUACAUAACUGUUGGUGAUGGAGGCAACCAGGAAGGACUUGCUUCAAGGUUUAAUGACCCCCAGCCAGACUACUCUGCAUUCAGGGAGGCCAGUUACGGCCAUUCAAUUUUACAACUGAAAAACAGGACUCAUGCUGUCUACCAGUGGAAUAGAAAUGACGAUGGGAAUAACGUUCCAGCAGACACCGUGGUGUUUCAUAACCAACACUGGACAAGCAGCACGCGCCGCAGGAGGCUGAAGAAGAACCAUUUCCAUCUCGAGAACCUCGAGGAUCUGAUCUCCCUAUUCUAGGAGAGCUGGCUAGUCCUGCCCGCUGCGCGGCAUGGCCUUCAUGGAGCAAUGGCCGAAUAGCACCGUUGCUAGUGUCCGGUGCUCUUCGGAGCAGCAAGGCCGGCGAUCAGACCAGCCAUUGCAAGUCCAGCAACCCGACUUCAGGCCAAAGCAGUCAUGCUGACCCCUGUGGAUCUGAAUGCUGGACUGUAUGAAUAUAGCGAGAAAUAAUACGAGGUUCGUCGUCGUCAGUACAGAUGUGAUCACUUUACAUACAAUGAACAUCAUUUCCCACCCUUGUCCGGGAACCAUGCAUUUCCUCUUGUCGGCGUCGUUGCCAGUGGGAAUUCGUUGUCUGUGGAUUA